AUGGAGCAGAUUAAGGACGAGGUUGGCGAGCGGCUGACGGGGACCGCGCCGACGUGGGAGGACUUGUGGCGCGCGCGCGAGUACAACGGCCUCGCGACGGAGGAGGAGGCGCGCGAGAGGAGCUGCAACACGCCGCUGCAGCUCGGCUGCGGGACGCCGGGCGGCGCGGAGAUUCUCAUCGCUAUCUGCCGCGUCUUCGUGCAGCGCCAUCCCGAGGGCGCCAUCUUCUCUGACGAUAAGGUCAACGGCUUCAACUCGAUCACACGCGGCGCCAUCUUCCGCGGCCUUCGCACCUUCUUCCCCUCGCUCAUCCCGGUGGCGCGCUUCUACUACCAGUCGGUCGACGGCGACGACGCCGAGGCGGUCGACCCGCGCCUCUGGUUGCUCGGCGGGCACGGCAAGGUGGAGGCGUGCGACAGCGCGGGCGAGGUCUACGCGUCGCGCGAGGGUUGCCAGCAGGGCGACCCGCUCGGGCCGCUGCUGUGGUCCUUCGGGUACCACCAGGCGCUCCUCGAGAUGCAGGCGCGCAGUCCGGACUCGAUUUGCCUUGCGCCUGGACGCCGCAGCGCUGAACUCAUUGAUGACACCUACUGCCUGGACGUCUCGCCGGCGGCGGCCUGCGCUGCGGCGGCGGCGGGCGAGGACGCCACCGACGACUUGUGCGGCGUCACGUCCAACCAGAAGAAGCAGGAGGUCUACUCGCCGACGGGCGACCUCUCCUUCCUGCCGGCGGCGGUUCGCGGCUCGCCCCACCACGCCGACGGGCGCCUGCUCGUCAUCAAGGUGCUCGGGACUUUCCUGGGCGACGCUUCUGAGGCCUCCCGCCGCCUCGUCGAGCGGGUGCGCCGUGCGCUGGCGCCGCUGGCGGGGCGGGAGGGCGUGUGCGGCCUCCACGACACGCGGCGGUGCAACCUCGCGCUCCAGAUCCAGAUGACGCUCAAUCGCUUCUGCGCGAACGCCUCCCUCAACUACUUCCUCCGCACGAUGCCGGAGGAGGCGACGCGGGAGGCGGCGCGGCUGCACGAUCGGCUCAUCGGCGAGGCGUUCGACGAGUUCACGGCGGGGCGCUUGAGCUCGACGGCGCAGCGCAGGGCGGCGCUGCAGCAGGCGCGGCUGCCAGUCAAGCUCGGCGGCGCUGGUCUCACCUCCAUGUCGGCCAUCACCGACGCGGCGAUCGUCGGCUCGUGGUGCCUCUGCUGGGAGCCUAUAGCUCGCCUCUGCCCGCAGCUGGCGCGCGGCAUCGACCUCGGCGCUGCCGCGGUGGCGGCGUCGGCGGUGGCAGCGGCGGAGGCGGCGACCGGGCAGGCGGAGGCGGAGUCGGCGGUCGAGCAGGCGCUGGCGGCGGUGUCUCUCAAGGCGAGGUAUGCUCGCGAGGCGCGUGCGCGCGGGGCGGCGGGCGGUGGCGGUGGCGGCGGCGGUGGCGGGGAUGCUGAGAUGCGGGCCGCCGAGGGCGGCGUGGGCGGCGAGGGCGGCGAGGCCGCCGAGGGCAGCGAGGGCGGCGAGGGCGGCGAGGGCGGCGAGGGCGGCCGGGGCGGCGAGGGCGGCCAGGGCGGCGAGGGAGGGGAGGCGGGCGGCGCCACUCUAGGUGGCGGGGGCGGGGCUGGCGCGGCGGGGGGCGGCGCCGGCCCCGCCGCCGACGGGGGCGCGGAGGGCGCCGAGUCGAGGGCGGCGGAGGCAGCCAAGGCGGCGGUGGGCCGCGGGCUGCGCGGCGACGAGGUGGUGGACGCGAUCCGACGCGCGGGCGUGGUUUUGCUGCCGGUCCACCUCGACGUCGCACGCCGCCAGGCGCGGCUGGUGGCGGCGCACGCCGCCCUCGACGCCAAGUACCGAGAGGACAAGAAGACGUACUAUUUCUUCGACAAGACUGGCCGGGCCUACCGCAUCUACAACCCGAGAGGGCUGCCCCCGGCGCAUACAUACCUUCCGCUUACCGAAUGGAGCUCGCGCAGCAAUCUUCUACAACACGCUCAGCGCCGAUACUCCGCGACGAUUCACCAUUCGGCCUGGAGGGAGAUGCAUGCGGCGGCGGGCCGCGCAGGGAGGAGGGAGCAGGUGCGGUUAGUCUCGGCGAGCCAGUUCGGCGCGGGCGCGUUUUUGAACGCGAUCCCGACCCGCGCGCACUUCCGUCUGCCCUCGUACGUGCUGCGCUUCGCGCUGCAGCGCCGCUUCGGAUUACACCUGUCGAUGAUGACGGACGUCAUGGCGGACGGCAUCUACAGCCAGCACGGUCUGCCCUUCGACGCCCUUGGCGACGUGGCGCAGAACGACGGCGCGGCGGGCCACCAGACGCGGCACAAGGAGGUCCUCCUGGACCUUGUCGAGCUGCUGCGGGGCAAGCUGGGGCGCGGCGCGGUGGAGCACGAGUUUCACUGCGAGCACAGCACUACGAGGACGGACUUGUACAUUUACCAGGGCGUGAUUGGGGACCUGCCCUGCAUCGGCGACACGAAGAUCUUUGCCGGUGUGCCGUCGGACCCCUCGGGGGUGGGGCGCAUGGGGGCAUUCGUCGCUUGCGGCAACACGCUGCCACGCGCCCGCGAGACGGUUCUGGGCGUGGAGGGCGGGGACAGGGGUGGGAGGGUGGGGAUGUGGGACCCGCGGACGGGGACCGGGACGGUCGAGGCUGUCAAGGGCCAGUACACGGACGCAGAGGGGAAGUGCCGCGUGGAGGCGCUGCUCUUCGAGGAGUUCGGCGCUAUGAGCGCGGGGGUGGAGGAGCUGCUGAUGCGGGUGGCUAAGGUGGCGGGCCGGAAGCUCACGUGGUGGCAGUACGACCAGACGUCGUGGUCGGCGCGCGAAUGGAUGCCGUUUGCGCUGCAGCGACUGUCGGCGGCGUACGUCGCGCGGCAGAACCGCGAGCGCGAGGAGGCUGCGGAGCGCAUGCGUGCCAAGUUUGGCGGCAGCGGCGGCCUGAACGGCAAGCUCGGCGGCUGCGGGCCGAGCGGCUUCGGCUCGAGCGGGGGCUAUGGCGGCGGCAGUGGCGGCGGCGCCAAGGAGUGGCUCUCCGGCAAGAGGGCGCGAGCCUGCUGCGAGGCGCGAGCCUGCUCCGAGGCGCGAGCCUGCUCCGAGGCGCGAGCCUGCUCGAGGCGCGAGCCGGCUGCGAGGCGCGAGCCGGCUGCGAGGCGCGAGCCGGCUGCGAGGCGCGAGCCGGCUGCGAGGCGCGAGCCGGCUGCGAGGCGCGAGCCGGCUGCGAGGCGCGAGCCGGCUGCGAGGCGCGAGCCGGCUGCGAGGCGCGAGCCGGCUGCGAGGCGAGCCGGCUGCCCGGCGGCCGAGCCGUAG